GUGAAAGCAUGAUUGAAUGAUUGAAUGCACAGGCAGGUAUCUUAUGAGUCCUGCAAGGAACUAGGUGAUGUUGCUAUCCUAGGGUAAAGGAGAAGGAUGGAAUACACAUGAUUGAAUGCACACAAUGACGCACAUGGGGUCUUAGUGCAUGAUAGUUGCAGGGGUCGAAUUCGAAUGAACUGAACUAUUGAUAUAAGAAAUAGUAAUUGUUUAUUGAUAAAUCAUCGAUAUAAAAUACGAGUUAAUACAUUGAUUUGUACGUUGAGAAUUUAUUUACACGUAGAAUUAUUUUUGUAUAAUGAUUGCUUUACAAUAUCAUAAGAAUAUUAUUUUGAUCAUUUUCCAUAGUACUAUUCUUAUGGGUACAUGAAAAAUUUAAACAUCAUUCAUUACUCAACACAUUUGAUAAUUAUUCUGUGCGUGCUGCGAUGAGUCUUGUGUGCUGGUUGUGGGCCUGAGUUGCUUUGCAGGCUGCUCAUUUCUACGCUGAAACAUAAAAAAAGAAUUGAGAUCAAAAAACAUGAUGUAACACAAUCGUUGCUUUCCUGAUAUACCAAUGUGCAAAUAGUGAACACUGCUGUUACAUUUACAAAUGGACGGUAUUAUUUGGUACCAUACAAAUAUUUAUGCCUUAAUCGGUGAACGAGAUUAAUAAAUCUUCGAAAAUAAUCUAGUAACGGCUGAUUUUCAGGAGUUAAACCCUUUGGAGCAUUUUUCGGAGGAAUAAAUAUGGUCACUCCAUUAUUACAGGGGGUAAUUCAGUAAUUCAGUUCACUGAUUUCGACUACUGGGCUGAAAAUUCAUACAGAAAAAAGUUGAUUUUUCAUCCAAAAUCGAAAAAAAUCAAAGGCUUUUAUCUUAGGAAAUUCUUUAUUUUGGACAAAGAAAAUAAAAGAGUAGAUUUCGGUAGUAAAAUUUGUGCAGUCAUUUAAUAAUCAGGCACAUUUACUUUUCAUAGACGCCAAUUCUGUCCACCAAAUUCGCAUCCAUGCUUUCUUAUCUUGGAGCUACCGCAUUCCAACUUUUCAUUUAUUGCUGGUUCGGCAACGAUAUGAUGCUGGAGAGUGUGUCGGUCGCCAACGCAGCCUGGGAUAGCGCUUGGCCGGAUAUAAAAUCCAAACGAUUCCGUUUCGGAAUCAGGAUGAUAACUCACCGAUCCCAAAAAGUAAUUUUGAUAACGGCUGGCGGCUUCGCUAAUGUGACGCUUGAUACCUUCACCACAAUAUUGAGAGCAGCUUAUUCCUGCUUUGCCGUUUUAAAGAAGGUCGAGAAUUAACAAGAAAUGGAAGAAGAAAUGAAAGAGUAGAUCGAUUUGUUUUAGACUUAUAAUACGCUAUCUGUAACUUAGCUAAAUAUAACAGUGAAUGUAAAGCAGGCGAAUUUGUAAAUGAAAAAUGAAAUAAAAUAUAAUAAACACAAAAUAUUCUAAUCCGUAUCUACAUUCAUCCAACCAAUUAUAUAUUUCUUUCCCACAAGCUGAGAAGCUCGAUAAUGUGUCGCAACAUUCAGGAAUCAAUCGUUGAUUCGCGGUAUUA